AUGCCACAACAGAAGAAAAAUGAAGUUUCAGCUUUAAGUCCUCAAUUUGCAACGCUGGACAAAUUUGUGGCAAUUGAUGCAAGAUUCUUAGAAACGAAGCUUGACCUGUCUGCGGAGAAAGUAGCUUCCAGUUGUAAUGGACAUGUUUGUAAACUGGAACAUCUCAACUUGAUCAUAGUUAAUGAUGAUAUGGAUCUGGAAAAUGUUAAGUGGCUGAGUGAUGAGUUGGAAGGAGCUGUGAGAAGUUUCAUUGAUAAUUCUUUGGCUCAAAAACUUGGCUUAAGCAUGAAAGUGGUGAAGCCUUAUUAUGUCAAACUAGCUGAUGGACACAAGAUCAAGAACAAUGUGAUUUGCCCAGCUGCUAAAUGGGAAAUUCAUAAGCUUAAUUUUCAGUUUAACUUCAGACUGAUGGAUUUGGAAAAUUGGGAUAUGAUUCUUGGUGGCAGGAGAUUUUUGUUGCAAGGACAUUCAUUGGCCACAGAAGAUGAAAUCAGGGCUGCUAAGCCUACGAGAUUUAGGGUGGAACAAACUGUGUUGGCUCCUGAUAAGAGGAUGAGUUGGUGUGAUGAUAGUGAAAGGGUGAACUGUUUGGAAGAGGUAAUGAUUAUUACUGAGACUAAUGCUACAGCCAAGUGUCCUAAAGCAAACAAAUUCUAA